AUGUCGACCACAACAACGGUGACUGUGCAGAAAGAGCAGCAGGAGCAGCAAGCACCCCUGACUCUGACACUCAACUCUCAAAUCGACAAACUUGACAAACAUGGCUUCUUGUUCGGCGAAAAGCUGGCGGCCUCAAUGUCUCCUCUUUUACACAGUGUGGUCUACAAGAAUCUGGGUUUAAAUUGGGAGCAGAUCAGACUAGAUUCUACAGACAUGGAUCUCUUCCUGCGCCUGAUACGACACCCAAAAUUUUACGGCGCUUCCGUUACCAUGCCACACAAAGUUAACAUCCUCCCCCACCUCGACUACCUCACUGAAGAAUGCCGCGAAGUUGGUGCCUGCAACACCCUUUUUCUGCGCACCCUGCCCGACGGCCACCGCCAGUACUGCGGCGCCAACACUGACGUCAUUGGCGUGCGCGAGUCCUUUGUGCAGAACGUGGCUGACCCAGCCUCUGUCUACGAGAACCGUCCAGCCAUGGUCAUCGGCUCGGGUGGUGCGGCGCGCUCCGCGGUCUAUGCUCUGCACAAAUGGCUUAAGGUGACGCAGAUUUAUCUGGUUAAUCGCGACAAGGGGGAGGUCGAUGCUGUGGUGGCGGAGUGUACUACCCGCGGGUACGGGGAUAGGCUGGUGCAUGUUGAGACUGUUGAUCAGGCGCACAAGUUGGAGGCGCCGGGGGCAAUUGUGGCGUGUGUUCCAGAUUUUGAGCCUAUUACUGAAGAGGAGUGGACGGUGAGGAGGAUUGUUGAGGUCAUGCUGAGCAAGGAGGGGAAGAAGGGAGCCAUGCUGGAGAUGUGCUACAAUCCAUCUCCAUACACUGCGCUGGGGGCCAUUGCCGAGAAUAAUGGUUGGCAAGUGAUUCUGGGAACCGAGGCAAUGAUCUGGCAGGGUGUUGAACAGGACAAGUACUGGACUGGCCGGCAAGUAAGCGAGCUUCCUGUAUCUGAGGUCAAGAAAGCUAUUGCAGAGCGCCUGGCUCAGAUCUCUAGGAAUUGA